AUGUUUUUAUUAUGCUGAAAUACUAACAUUAUUAUACAGAGAUUAUUGAACAUAUCGAUGUCAACAUGCUGAGAACAGUUCUUCGUUUGACUCCUACUUUUAUUUUUCCAAUAUUUGAGCAAAAAAAUGCAAAUGAUUAUAAUAUGUUGAACUUACCGGUAUCUACAGUCCCUGAAAGUGGAUGGGACAGGGUGAACAAAAUGUAUAGCAAGGAUGAAUAUGAUGAGGUCUCCACUGAACUACACACAGUUGUACAAGCAUCUCUCUGUGGUGCAUUUGUAGGUGCUUGUAUGGGUGGAUUUACGAGCUCCAGGCAGGCAUACCUGUACUUCAUAGAAAACAAUCAAGCAACAAUUUUUAAGUCUACUAUGCAAGCUAAAAAAAAGCUACAAGACUAUGUAACAGUGGCAUUUGCAAAAGGGGCAUACCGUUGGGGAUGGAGAUUAGGUAGCUUUACAGGAAUAUUUAGUUUGGUGGCUACUACAAUAUCAGUAUACCAAAAUAACACAUCAGUGCUGGAAUAUGUAAUGGCUGGUGCAAUUGCUGGUGGAUUAUAUAAAGUUAAUCUUGGUUUAGCAGCAACUUGUGUUGGAGCAGGCUUGGGCUCUAUUCUAGGCCUUAUAGGAGGUUGCGUCAUUUUAGGUCUUUUACAUCUUGUUGGAGUCAAUAUGGAUGAUAUUAGAGCAGCAUUGUAUAAAGUUAAAGAAGCUAGAGUGGAUCAAUAUAAUCAAGCAUUAGAGAAAUCGGCUAAAAUAAAAAAUGAUGAUUUGACAAGACACCACCAAGAACUAAUACAAGAGAAGGGACAACAGAAGAUAGAAGAUGUCAAAUAGUGAAAAAUAUGUGUAAAUAUUAAUAAAAUAAUUAAAUACAUUAGUUUAAAAUUUAGUUCGAAUCUGUAAAUAUAAUAAUUAUAAUGAAAUAAUGCAGUUUAUUAAUUUCCAAGAAAAACAAUUGUAAUUGGUAUGUCGUAGAAGAACAUGGUUCUUUUCUAAUUCGGGCUACUUUUUUUCGAUGGUGUCAACGCUAGGCGUCGUUAGAUUUGACGCAGAUCGAAAUUCUAGUGGAUGAUUUGUAAAAAGCAUGAAAAUAGUUGGCAGGCAAAUCGGUCCACAUGACAACUGUUUUGCUGAGAUAGGUACAUACAAGCUACAAGAUA